AUGGUUCUGUCUAAUAUUGAAGAUAGGCUGACAUACCACAUCAGAAAAUGCUUGGACGAGUCGCAGCUGGACUGGGAUACUUUACACUUAGCUUCAUUUAUUAUUUCCCUGUUGGCAUGCAUUCCCUCAGGGUUUAUUACCCAAAUUUCUCUUUAUUCAGACACAUGGCGUCAGCAUUUACACUACACUUCCAUGGAGAUCAAUACUUUUUCUAUCGCUGUCAAUUUUGGAGGAUAUAUCGCACCUCCAUUUUUAGGGCUGAUUUGUGAUUCCCAUGGGCCUGUUUUACUGACGUGGAUCUCCUUUAUUGGAUUUGUGCCGACUUAUGCAUAUCUAGCGUGGGUGUUUAUAUCCGGGGAGCCUCACUUUGCCAGCAGUGUAUUUUGCUUUGCUUUAAUUGGUAUAUCUACUAGUGCACUCUACUUUGCUUCCCUCUUUACAUGUCUGAAACUGUAUCCAGAUCAUCAAUUGCUCUCAAUUAGUCUCCCUACCACGUUCUAUGGACUUGCAUCCGUCAUUGGCACUCAGGCUUUAAAACUGCAAUGGUUCAAUAAUGGUCUCCCAUAUCUAGACUUGUCAAGAGUAUUUGGAUUUCUGGUGCUCUGUUAUACAGCAGUAAGCUUUUUCACCUGGGUUUCAUCUAGCUUUACGAGUAUGCUUAAGCUCAAGGCAGGAGAAUCUAUCACUGUCAAUUCGGCCUCCAGCGACAACCAUAGUAAUCAUGAUGAAAACGACCCUCGCCAGCCAUUGCUGUCUCCUAAAGUGCAAUGCAAACUCCAAACCUUUUUCCACGACCCUUAUGUUUACAUAAUGUCUUUCAUCGUUAUGGCAUCUCUCGGACCGCUUGAAAUGUUCUUGACUAACAUGGGUUCGCUGGCAGACCUCGUCCAUCAUCCAUCCGUGCUGUCUUCAUACUCCGUGAUGUCGACAGCAUCACGCCUCCUCUCUGGUGUAAUGCUAGACUUCUGCACUUACUAUGACAUCCCUAAAAUAAUCGUCCUAUGGCUGGCACUGCUCAGUGGUACGGUAGGUCAAUGGCUGGUUUUACCCGCAUUGAAAAGCCCUCAGGCAUCUUCGCCCUUCAUUUGGUCCAGCAUACUCUCCGGAAUCUGUUGCGGAAGUCUCUUCACUGUCCUACCAAUAAUCACUAUCUGUAUUUGGGGUGAAUCUAUCUUUGGAACCGCUUAUGGCUUCUUCAUGUGUGCACCCGCGGUUGGAUCUACUAUUUUUAGUACUCUAUAUGCUACCAUCUUUGACAAGAACUGCACUACUGCUGGUACAAAACUUCCAGAUCCAAUGUGUGUAAGCACUGCAUUACGCAUGUCCGCAUUAUCGCUGGCUCUAAGUCUACUGGUCUCUGUCAUCGCAUAUAUCACCUGCUGGAGACAAAAGGUGUAA